AUGUUACGGUAAGAAUGAAAGAUGAGUCAGUGUCAUAUACAUCAAAAGAUAUGCACGUGUAAGACAAACGGUAGAAUAUUAGCAUUUUGCCCACGAAAUCAUUUCCCAUGACCCUUGGCCCAGGCUAAGAUGAGCAAAAAAAUGGAAGCCAUGGAAGGAGAUAAUUCUGACUAUGAGAAUGAAUUAGGCCCAGUACCUGUGAGUGAACUUCAGAAGCAAUUAGAAGUUGGGAAGCUUAUUGACAGAGCUUUUGAACAUGUCAAGCACAGCCAAGCAGCAGAAGAAGUAGCAGAUAUCGCAGCUGGUGCAGAAGGUCACCACCUUUUUGAUGGAGUUGCUGCAGUUCAGGGCCCUAUAGCUCCGGAGAUUCAGGCAGGCAAUUUUAGGGCAUUGCACUCUUCCAGUGGAGUUGGGUCUGAUGGAACUGGAUCUCGGAGUAUAAACCUUCGCUACUCAGGCACAGCAAGCAACGAUGUUCAAAAUCUUGCAGGAAAUGUUGAAACUGUUGAUGAUUUUUUAAAAGCAGGACCAUCCUUGGAGACAUUGCACAAGCUGAACUUAACACUUCAGAGACGGUUUGAGUACAAAAGAGACCAACUAGACAGGAUAUUACAAACAAACCUUACUAGACAGGCACAACUAAGGGAUGAAAUAUCGCAAGACAGAGCGAACACUGACCAGGAGAAGAAGGGAGAUACAAAGGAAAAAGCACCUUUCCGAGUUUCAAAUUUUUGCGUUCCCUAUUUCAAAAAUCGUAGUGGGAUGAAUGCUCCUAAGAAUGAAGAUGCUAGGUUCAAGCUUGACAAUGGCUGCCUGGACCUUUACACAACACGUGCACGCCAGUGGAAGGCAAGGGAAAAGGAGGCCUUGAAAGAGAGUGUACACAAGGAGUGGAAGCAGCAGCUUAUAGACACAAAGGAAUUGAAGCUGAGGGACCUCCAGAGAAGGUUGAGGAAUGCCGACACCAACAGUGAAGAAACAUCACUGGAAGAGAUGAAGAAGGACCUUGAGAAGCAAAUUAGGGAUUUAAGAGUGACACCUGCAGAAUCUCUAACACCUCCCCCACUUGAAAAAUUGGAUUGGGAGAAAAUAGCAGCUCAGACAUUUGAUGGCCAUCGAACUUCUGAUGAAUGCAGCUUGCAGUGGGAGAACCUGCUUCACCCUGCCAUAAAUACUUCAAAUUGGGAUCCUAAGGAAGAUAUGGCCAUUCAGGAACUGGUGACAUCAAGCAAGCAUGACAUUCCAGAUUGGAGCAAAAUUGCAUCAAAAUUAAAGACAAACCGCACAGGAUAUCUGGUGAUGCAGCGGUGGGUAUCGUUUAUUGCUCCUGCUCUAAACCCUGCCAAGUGGACACCAGAAUCAACUCAGAAAUUGAUUGAUACUGUGAACAUGCUUAGGGUUAGCAACUGCAUUCCAUGGGCACAGGUUCAUCAACAUCUUGUGGGUUUUAGCCGUUAUCAAAUCCAAAGUCGGUGGCGACAAAUCAACCCUGAACAGUCAAAGGGUCCCUUUACAGUGGAGGAGGACUUCAUUCUUAUAAAAGGCUUACACAUGUUUGGCUUGAAUUUUUCAAACAUUGCCCACUUCAUGCCAGGUCGAUCAUAUGCUCAAGUUCGUGAUAGAUACAAGCGAACUAUCCUGCCAAACUUAACCUACAAACCCUGGACAAGAGAAGAAGAUGAAAUUUUGAUUCAGGAAUGCCAAGUUGGGGCUCGCAAUUGGCGUAAGAUGAUCUUGCAGCUGCCAAUGCGGAAUGCCUGUCAGAUCAGAGUGAGAUAUCACAUUCUCCAAGAAUGGCAGACCCUGACAGACAGUAAUUUGCCCCCUCCUCCCUUGUUCCCAGUGUCCACAACCACUGAUGCAGAAAUGAUCAACAAGAUUCGCAUGAAUAUGAUUCGGGACACUAACCAAGUCAAGGAACUAGUGGACCAGAGUAGAGCAAAGACUGAUAUGAAAGAUGCAGUGAUGGUGUUGGAGAACCGCCGCAAGGAGAUAAAAGCCAGGAAGGCUGGUAACUCCAUGCAGAAACUAAAGUGCGUAACAGAGAAACGAGGACGAAGACAAGGAACUCCUAAUCCGCACCAGGUCACCCUUGAAAAUGCUUUUCUCACACAAUUCUUUCUUCCUUGGAGGUGCUAUCCAGGAAGUAUAAGUAUUUCAAGUGAGAUUGUUCAGUCAAAUCUCUGUUUGCUGGGUAGGGUUCAGCAGUUGAAGAUUUCCUCUGUGGUUUCUCCGGAAGAGCGAAAGAUGUUGAGUGCCCUUCAGUUGUCUGAUAUAGACACUAAAGUUGUGGACUCAUUGGUCAUAAAACCAGGGGAGGAAGAAGCAGCUGAUGAAUUUGAGGCUCAUGGUGAUGCUUGUCCAGAGACCAUCCCUCUCAUCCCUCCCAAUCAAACAACCUUAGGGGCCUUUAUUUCCCUUUUGUUGCACCGACCUCAGCUGGAGCAAAUGGCCUUAGGUGGUAUGAUAACAUCCAAAUUUAAAAAGUUACGGGAAUCUGGUCAGUCGAGCCAGAGAGGUCGGAAGAGGAAAUUAUUGAAAAACUUCAGGGACUUGUGCCCAGGGACAAGCAGGGGACUGGCCAGUGAUUGGUCGGAUAUUGACAGCCCUGAUGAAGUAGAAAGUUCAGAAACAAGAACAGCGCAACAGAAAGUUCACAUUACAUCUGUGGAACUGAACAAGACAGAGCCAGCAGCUAAAGUCAGAAGGAUGUGUAGAAAGAACGUACGAAGACAAAUUGCAGAAAAUGUUGCAACAUAUUCACGAGGCAAAAUUGGUGGAAACCCCAUUCCCAAAAGUAUGAGUGAAUCUGCUGCAGAGGCUGCAAAAGCAAGUACAGUGGAUACAGUGGUGUCAAAAGAGACAGAAAGGGAGGAAGCAGCUGGACGUCAACAUGCUGAUGAGUUGCUCUUCCACAGGAUGCUGUCAUUGUUCUACUGGCCUACCUUAAUGAGCAAGUGCAGGUGAUUAUGGAUCUUCAUUAAUAAGUGU